UGCUAAUUUAGAAAUCGUCUUUGGUAUCAAGAGUUUGGAUUUCAAGCUCGCCUUAGAUCCCAAUUCGGAUACUAGUUUAGGUCAUAUCAAGAAUCUCGAUUUGGGAACUGGCUUGAGUAAAGAAGAGCUCACAUCAUGA